UUUUCCUCAAGGUUGCGCGGCAUGUUUUGAGGUUUAUUCCCUGGUAUUAUUCGAAUAGUGAUGUAACUAAUAUAAAAACCCUAAUGAAAAUAAUAUAAUCCAAAUUAAGUAUCAUUAUAUCAUUUCCAGUUUUCGUCCGGGAAUGAUAUAACGGGUGGCUAAUUGGCUUGUGUUGGACCUUACAGUUUUGAUCAUUCAGAUGGAGCGUCAAUCACAAUUUGGGGUAACAAAUGUCAUUCUUUGUAAAUUCGAUAAGAAAGUCGGUUGUCAGCUGACUUUUUGUGGCAUUUUUUAGUGUCCUUGUAAAUUCUCUGUUUUGGGAAGGCAAAAAAAGUGGGCGUGUGGAAUACAAAUCUAACAUUAGACAUAUGAAUGGGUAUACCGAGAGUGCUUUGCAGACUCAGAAUAUGACUCAAUCAAAUAAUUUUACUUCCCCUACUAAAAGGGAACGAACAGCAAAUAAUAAUUCUCACUGUUUUUCUCUCUCACCAAAAACCAUUGAGCAUCCCAGUCAAACUUCUUCGCCGAAAAAUUUAAUGAACAAUCUUCCUAACGUAGUAGAGACUGCAGCCGUGCCAAACUUCCAGUAUAAACCAACAUGCAUCAUACGUGAAACACAUAGCCAAUCUGUUUUCGGUGUUGCAUUUAAUUCAAUCAAUCGAAGUCAACCAACUGAUCCUCUUCUUUUUGCUACAGUUGCUAGUCACUAUGUCACAGUUUAUCAAUGUAGUCUAAAAAGUAAUCCUGAAGAUAAAGCUAGUCAAAGUUCUUCAGAUAUGUCAUCUGUUUGUUUACUCCAAUCCUUUGCCGAUCCUGCCGGCGAUAAAGAAGAGUUUUAUUGUUGUGCUUGGUCGCGUGAUACAAGUGGUAAUGUAGCAUCUAGCUGGUGGACUGAUUGUUGUGAAAGUCGUCGACCACGUCCAACUCCCCAUCCUCAUCAAGGUCCAAUUAGCUCUUCCAGUGCAUCACUUUUACCUGCUCAUCAGCAAGUAGUAGCUGCUGCAGGUAAACGUGGUGUAAUCCGAAUCCUGUGUCCUAGUAUGGCUAGUUGUCCUGCUAGUCUUGUUGGCCACGGAUCUUCUAUCAAUGAGCUAAGGUUUCACCCGAGAGACCCUGCUCUAUUAUUUUCUUUUAGUAAAGAUUAUACCAUUCGUUUGUGGAAUAUAGCUAGUCACGUUCUAGUAUGUAUCUUUGGCGGAGCUGAAGGUCAUCGAGCUGAAGUCCUACAUGGCGAUUUAUCCCUUACAGGUGAUCUUCUUCUAUCAGCCGGUAUGGAUCAUUGUGUGAAAAUAUGGCGGCUUAAUACUCCAGAAUUAGCCAAUGCGGUAAUAGAUUCAUUUAACUAUCGUGCACGUUCGAAUCCUAAGCCGUUCCCUGUGCUCGUUCAACACUUCCCUGAAUUUAGUUCCCGUGAUGUACAUGGCAAUUAUGUGGACUGUGCCCGUUGGUUCGGCUCCUUAGUCAUAUCGAAAUCGUGUGAAAACAGUGUUACACUCUGGAAGCCUGGUGGACUAGAUGACUCCUCAGCAAAUAUACCUAGUUUGUGCAAUGGAUCUCCUAGUAGUACCUCAACAGAUGUUGGCGGCCUGCGGUUGCCGAGUCGGAUGCAACACAUUGGUUCAUAUACAGGUCCUGAUUCCCUUAUCCCUCCAGCACCUGGUGUCCCAACGGAACACAAGACCAGCAUUAUCCAUCAAUUAAAAGCUGCUGACUGUAACUUAUGGUAUAUUCGUUUCGAUGUGGAUUUAAAGAAUCAUGUUCUUGCUUUGGGCACAGGAACUGGUCCAUCGCGUGUCUAUUUGUGGGAUUUAAAAUAUCCUGAAAACGCUCUCAAUCUCCCAGCUCAAGUACUUCAUUUUCCUACAGUUAGUGGAGUUGGUCCUGGUGGUAUGCCUUUAAGUCAUAGUGCCAUUAGACAAACUCGUUUUGCUAAUGAUGGAGAUAUUCUUUUGUGUGUAGGUGAUAACGGACUAAUUGUUAGAUUUGAUAAAACAUAAACUUUUUUGUAUAUUUGUGAUUAAAACUAAUCUAAUAUAUCAAUAAAAUGUUUUUUUCUUGU